AUGCAUUUUAUAGUACUGGCUCAGGCCCUGCUCAUGGUUCUACAACGUCAUGCCACAGGUGCAAUUUACAAAACAGGCAACGUAUUUCAAACAACUACUAAAGGAGCGAUUUAUCCACGUGUAAAGUGUGGUAGGACAAUAACAAAUACUAACGAAGGUGUUAUCGAAUCACCAGGUUAUCCACUGAAAUACAAAUCGAACCUGCGAUGCGAUUGGUUAAUUCAAUCACCUCAUAAAAGUGAUGUCAUCUACGUAAAUUUUAUCGACUUGGAUGUAGAAGAAUCAAGCUUGUGUUUGUUUGACUAUGUUUCUCUAACAUUUGAAGGAUCUCGACCACAACGAUUUUGUGGAUACGAGACACCUUCGAAUCAACCUAUUAUAGUUGAAAAUAGUGGAUGGAUUCGAAUUAAGUUUUUAACAGAUGGAUCAGUAGAAAAAUCGGGAUUUAGGAUUGCUUUCAAAAUCGAGAAAAGAAGUUCAGAAGAAAUGCCGAUACUUUUGCCUCAAACUCAGCAACACAGGUAUACUCCCUUACCAGAGAGCACUUCGGAUAAAUUGUCAACUAAUUACGAUUCCUUGAGAUUCAAAGAGUUCUUUCGUUUUGCAUCUUCAUUAAAAAUGCCAAACUCGACUGAUGAAGGGAGCCGGACAACCGACAAAAGCAAAACAACCUUGUCGAGAUGUCAGCUUCCAAAUGUAGACCAAAAAUUCAACGUUGGCGACAUCGUGCGGAUUACUUGCUCGGCAGGGGAGCAUGACGCUCAAAAUUCUACUAAUAUAACUUGUCUUCCGGGCGGCCAAUGGACGGAAUCACUUUCAUGCAAACCAUUCGAUAUCACAGGACAUGCGAAAGUGGAAUCUCAAAUUGUGUUAUCAUACUGGCAGAUUGCGAUGCUGAUCGUGACCGGGGUGGCAUGUACAAUAUACGUCAUCUUUACAUCGUACCUGUUUGUAGCUCAAAGAAGACGUAUUUCUCAGUACAAAUGUUCCAGAUGCAAUCGACAGUUAAAUUAUGUAAGAGGAGGAAGACAUCUAACUAAUUCCAAUUACGAAUCAGAAGAGUGCACAUUUGCUUGAGGAUUUUAUAUUCCAUAGAGUUCAGGCUGAAAACGGGUAAAUAUGAACUUCACCACGACUCAACCAGACGCCGAAACAGAAGAUCAGAUUCAAUGGUGGUAUCCUCUCAUCGACCCGACAAAAAUGUUUCCAGGCUUACCUCCUGCGAUCGCCGUCAUUAUGUAUU